CAGCUGGCUGGCACUACCAUCGCUAAUUCGCACCCAAAGAAAAGAAAACAUUCCGAAAUCACACAAAAUUAGCCAUAGCUAGCAAUGAUUAUAUAUGGGGUCUAUAUAGUUAGUAAAUCGGGUGGCCUUAUAUUCAACCUGGACAACAAUGUGCCGCGCAUCGAGCACGAGAAGACCUUCACAUACCCACUGGACUUGGUGCUGGACUACGAUUCCAAGAAGGUAUCGGUGUCGUUCAACAGGAAGGAUGGAAUUAAUGUUGGCCAUGUCCUGGUGGCGGUCAAUGGAAUGCCCGUCAAUGGAGUCACCCUGGACGAUGGACGCGAUGUGAGGACGACGCUGGAGGCACCGGAGAACUAUCCCAUCAACUUAAAGUUCAGCCGGCCUAAGAUGACCACCAACGAGAAGAUCUUCCUAGCCAGCAUGUUCUAUCCACUGUUCGCCAUUGCCAGCCAACUGAGUCCGGAGCCCAAGAGUUCCGGGAUAGAACUCCUGGAGGCGGACACCUUCACGCUGCACUGCUUCCAAACGCUGACCGGGAUCAAGUUCAUCGUCAUCUCGGAAACGGGUCUCAAUGGCAUAGAUCUGCUGCUGCGGAAGGUUUACGAGCUGUACUCGGACUAUGUCCUUAAAAAUCCAUUCUACUCCCUGGAAAUGCCCAUUCGUUGCGAACUCUUCGACAACAAGCUUCAGGAACUCCUCGCCCAGGUCGAAAAAACGGGCAUUAGCAAUAUUGAUAAAUAAACGUUAAGUGUUCUUUGUACUCUGUUA